AUGUUGUUGAAGAGGAAGCUGUGCGUAGUGGCGGUGACCACCGCCGUCCUCCUCCUCAUGCUCGCCAGCCAGAGCAUCCAGCGUUCCAGCAUGCAGCACUUCCUGUCGCUGUCUUUAGCCACGCCCGCCGGCAACAACGCCAGUCAGGAAGCGGCGCUACCUACUGACAUCAGCAGCACACACGCACUUGUCGACGUGGCCAAGAAAGCAAGGCCCUGCGGUUGCGCCGAGUCCUGCAUUUCGGACGUGAGCACGUCCGACUGGUUCCGUCGUCGCUACGACACCAAACAGCGACCCGUCCUCCGUGACGCCAACGAACGCUUUGACGCCGACGCGCUCAAUUGGUGGCUGAUUCAUCUCCAGCAAUCGGGCACCAGUCAGACACUCCAGGAAGUGUUGUCACGCAUGUUCCAGGUGAUCUCCCCGCCUUCCGUGGACUUUACGCCGUGGCCAUCGCGUUGUCGCCGAUGCGCCGUGGUGGGCAACUCGGGCAACCUGCUAAAGUCAGGACACGGGAAACUCAUCGACUCCCACGCCUCCAUCAUACGGAUGAACAAGGCGGUGACGCACGGCUUCGAAAAAGAUGUUGGAAACCGCACCACGCAUCGCUUCAUUUACCCGGAGAGCGCGGUGGACCUGGACCAUGGCGUCCGGCUAGUUCUGCUGCCUUUCAAGACUCGAGACCUGGAGUGGCUGACCAGCGCACUGUCCACCGGGGAGGUCCAAAUGACCUACAUGAGGGUGAAAGCGCGAGUGACGGCAGAUAAAGACAAGGUUCUGGUGGUGAGUCCCGCCUUCUUCAAGUACGUCCACGAGCACUGGACUGAGCGUCAUGGCCGUUACCCGUCCACCGGCAUGUUGGCAGUCAUCUACGCGCUGCACUCCUGCGACCAGGUGUCUGUGUUCGGCUACGGGGCGGACCGUCAGGGCAACUGGCACCACUACUGGGAGGAGCACCGUCACGCCGGCGCCUUCCGCAAGACUGGCGUGCACAGCGCCGACUUCGAGUCGCAGGUCAUCCGCCAACUGGCCGAGGAAGGAAAGAUCCGGCUGUACGCGUGA